GGACAAAUCGGCGCGAGCAUAUGCUGCGGCUGUGGAGGUGUGUGCCAUGUUCCAUUGCCGAUAUCGUAGAGAAAAAAUGGGUCAAUGAAAACCUCUUUCCUCUCGCGAGACCCCGAGCGCGAUGCGCGCGCGCGCUCGUGCAACGUGCGUUGAACGCCGGGCCAGUAGAUACAUCGCACAUUUGGAAGGACAACCGAGGAGACGUUGUAUGGUGCCCAUGCUUAAAUACACCACCGAGUCCCGUGAAGACCAGAGCGCCGCGAGAAACUCGAAGGUGCAUUCACCGCCAACGCACAGCGACGACAACCGACACGUUUUACCGGAACACAAGCGCAAGUCGACAUGCUGUCAAAAGUGCAAGUCCGUCUGCUCGGCGUCUUCGUCUCUGUGUUAUGGAUGCUGGAUGAGCCGCGAGGCACCGCUGCGAUCGGCCCCCGUCGGACCUGCGGCCUUCGGACUGCAAGACGCGCUCGAGUGGUCGGGGGCCAAGUGGCAUACGACGGAGAAUUCCCCUGGCUGGUUUCCAUACAGUUUGUGCCGUCAAUUGGCGAAAAUAAGUGUGGCGGCACUAUCCUAAACGAACGGUGGGUUCUGACGGCGGCUCACUGUUUUUACGGCGUCGCACAAGCAACGGGUUUUUUUGCUAUACAAACUUUAGGUCCAGGUUUUCUCACCUUUCUUGUGCUUACCUUGUCGACUUACAGAUACCACAAGUCCAACUUCGUGGUUCGCGUGGCGGAGUAUAACCUUCGCACUAAGGAGCCCCGUACGCCCGCCGUGACUUACACUAUCGACAAGCUAAUCAUGCACCCAGACUACCGCAAGGUCAAGAAGUACGACAACGACAUCGCUCUGGUUCGGCUGAGUCGAAAGAUCAGCUACAGCGAGUACGCGCAGCCCGCGUGCCUUCCGAGUCUCACACUGGCCGACACAACUGGCAUCAACGUCACCGUCGUUGGCUGGGGGCAGGUGUCCGAGGACGUUCCCAAGACUCCAGCUGUCCCACUGAAGGCGGUCCUGACCGUAUUUGACAACCAGAUCUGCAACACCUGGCUCCACAACCACUCCAUGCGAGUUCUCGACAACCACAUGUGCGCUGGUCUUGAGGAAGGUGGAAAAGACGCUUGCCACGGCGACUCCGGGGGACCUCUCCUUGCGUUGAACAACCGCCGCUACGUGGUUGUGGGCGUGGUGGCAGCAGGAGACGGCUGUGCCCUGCCCAGGACACCCGGCAUCUACACGCGAGUCACGGCGUUCCUGCCCUGGAUAAUGGACUACAUCUCACCGGAUAGCACCGACCAUGACAACAUCGCCAGGCUCUGAUGUUACACUGUCUAUGUUUGCGGGCUGUAGAUGUGAGCGUUGAUACUGUAGGCGUUGUACAUAUAUAGGUGACCUUCUCUUUUGAGCGCAUCCUUGCCCCCUUGAAGCUGGCUAUCUUCAGUAGUGUCCGUGUAAUUCGCCAGCCAUACAGCUAUCUCACUUGAGCAAUUCUUGCUGCUGAUAUUGCCUCUUACGGUAUAGCUCAGCUUUAACUGUUAUUUCAAACGCGACA